GGCGCGGCCCCGGGAGCCCAGCGGGCGCGGCGCGGCGCGCACGGGCAGGCGGGGCACGGCCGCCCGCGCCAGGACCCGGCCCGGAAGCGCUCGCUGUCACAAAGGGGGAACACGUGGGCAGCCGCGGCCCGGUGGCCGGCGCAGGGAGCGAGGGUCGCCGGGAGAGCCAUCUACCACCCCCACCUGCCUGACUCCUCCACCCCGGCCGCUCGGCCGGCGCCCGGCUCGGGCCGGACCUCCCUACAGUCGUUUCCACCUGGUUCGGACCCCCAUCACCAUGUCCAUCCUCUACGUGUCCCCUCACCCCGACGCCUUCCCCAGCCUGCGAGCCCUCAUAGCUGCGCGCUAUGGGGAGGCGGGAGAGGGGCCGGGCUGGGGUGGAGCCCACCCCCGUAUCUGCCUCCAGCCGCCCCCCACCAGCAGGACUCCGUUCCCGCCUCCCCGCUUGCCGGCUCUGGAGCAAGGGCCGGGUGGGCUGUGGGUGUGGGGGGCGACAGCUGUGGCCCAGCUGCUAUGGCCAGCAGGCUUGGGGGGCCCCGGGGGCAGCCGGGCCGCAGUCCUCGUCCAGCAGUGGGUCAGUUAUGCCGACACGGAGCUCAUCCCGGCUGCCUGCGGAGCUACGCUGCCAGCCUUGGGACUCCGAAUGUCUGCCCAGGACCCCCAGGCUGCGCUGGGGGCCCUGGGCCGGGCGCUGAGCCCUCUGGAAGAAUGGCUUCGGACACACACCUACUUGGCAGGGGAGGCCCCGACCCUGGCUGAUCUGGCAGCUGUCACCGCCUUGCUUCUGCCUUUUAGAUACGUCCUGGACCCCGCUGCCCGCCGCAUCUGGGGUAAUGUGACCCGCUGGUUUACCACGUGUGUCCAGCAGCCGGAAUUCCGGGCUGUGCUAGGGGAAGUGGUUCUGUAUGCCGGCACCAGGCCCGCCUCCCAACAGGCAGGCUCUGAGGUUCCUGCACCCCAAAAGACAGCUGCUCAACUCAAGAAAGAGGCCAAGAAGCGGGAGAAGCUAGAGAAAUUCCAGAAUAAGCAGAAGAUCCAGCAGCAGCAGCCGCCUCCGGGGGAGAAGAAAGCAAAACCCGAGAAGAGGGAGAAGCGCGACCCUGGCGUCAUUACCUACGAUCUCCCAACUCCGCCUGGGGAAAAGAAAGAUGUCAGUGGCGCCAUGCCGGACUCCUACAGCCCGCAGUACGUGGAGGCAGCCUGGUACCCCUGGUGGGAGCAGCAAGGCUUCUUCAAGCCAGAGUACGGGCGAUCCAGUGUGUCAGCGCCAAACCCCCGGGGCAUCUUCAUGAUGUGCAUACCGCCUCCCAACGUCACAGGCUCCCUGCACCUGGGCCACGCACUCACCAAUGCCAUCCAGGACUCCCUCACGCGGUGGCACCGCAUGCGUGGGGAAACCACCCUGUGGAACCCUGGUUGCGACCAUGCAGGCAUUGCCACGCAGGUGGUGGUGGAAAAGAAACUUUGGCGUGAACAGCGCGUGAACCGGCACCAGCUGGGCCGCGAGGCCUUUCUGCAGGAGGUCUGGAAGUGGAAGGAAGAGAAAGGCGACCGCAUCUACCACCAGCUGAAGAAGCUUGGCAGCUCACUGGACUGGGGUCGAGCAUGUUUCACCAUGGACCCCAAACUCUCAGCAGCUGUGACGGAGGCCUUUGUCCGGCUCCACGAGGAGGGCGUCAUCUAUCGCAGUACCCGCCUCGUCAACUGGUCCUGCACCCUCAACUCCGCCAUCUCCGACAUCGAGGUGGACAAAAAGGAGCUGACGGGGCGGACCCUGCUCACCGUGCCUGGCUACAAGGAGAAGGUGGAGUUCGGAGUCCUCAUCUCCUUCUCCUACAAGGUCCAAGGAUCCGACAGUGACGAGGAGGUGGUGGUGGCCACAACUCGGAUUGAGACCAUGCUGGGCGAUGUGGCUGUGGCCGUGCACCCCAAAGAUCCCAGAUACCAGCACCUAAAGGGGAAGCGCGUGGUCCACCCUUUCCUGUCGCGGACCCUCCCCAUCGUCUUCGAUGACUUUGUGGACAUGGAGUUUGGCACGGGUGCGGUGAAGAUCACGCCUGCGCAUGACCAGAACGAUUAUGAAGUCGGCCAGCGGCACGGGCUGGAGGCCAUCAGCAUCAUGGACGCCCGCGGGGCCCUAAUCAAUGUGCCUCCCCCAUUCCUGGGCCUGCCCAGGUUUGAGGCCAGGAAGGCGGUUCUGGCAGCACUGAAGGAACGGGGACUGUUCCGUGGCAUCGAGGACAACCCCAUGGUGGUGCCCCUCUGCAACCGCUCCAAGGACGUGGUGGAGCCCCUGCUGCGACCGCAGUGGUACGUGCGCUGCGGGGAGAUGGCCCAGGCUGCCAGUGCUGCUGUGACUCGCGGCGACCUCCGCAUCCUGCCCGAGGCCCAUCAGCGGACAUGGCAUGCCUGGAUGGACAACAUCCGGGACUGGUGUAUCUCCCGGCAGCUGUGGUGGGGCCACCGCAUCCCUGCCUACUUUGUCACCAUCCAUGACCCAGCUGUGCCCCGGGGAGAGGACCCCGACGAGCGGUACUGGGUAAGCGGGCGCAGUGAGGCCGAGGCCCGUGAGAAGGCAGCCAAGGAGUUUGGCGUGAGCCCGGACAAGAUCAGCCUCCAGCAAGAUGAGGAUGUGUUGGACACCUGGUUCUCCUCGGGUCUCUUCCCCUUCUCCAUCUUGGGCUGGCCCAACCCGUCAGAAGACCUGAGCGUGUUCUACCCGGGGACGCUGCUGGAGACCGGCCACGACAUCCUCUUCUUCUGGGUGGCCCGAAUGGUCAUGCUGGGCCUGCGGCUCACGGGCAGGCUGCCCUUCAGAGAGGUCUACCUCCACGCCAUCGUGCGAGACGCCCACGGCCGGAAGAUGAGCAAGUCUCUGGGCAACGUCAUCGAUCCCCUGGACGUCAUCCAUGGGGUCUCCCUGCAGGGCCUUCACGACCAGCUAGUGAACAGCAACCUGGACCCCAGCGAGGUGGAGCGGGCCAAAGAAGGACAGAAGGCCGACUUCCCGGCGGGGAUCCCCGAGUGUGGCACUGAUGCCCUGCGCUUCGGACUCUGCGCUUACACGUCCCAGGGCCGAGACAUCAACCUGGAUGUGAACCGGAUAUUGGGAUACCGUCACUUUUGCAACAAGCUCUGGAAUGCCACCAAAUUCGCCCUCCGUGGCCUCGGGAAGGGCUUUGUGCCCUCACCUACCUCCAAGCCUGGAGGCCAGGAGAGCCUGGUGGACCGCUGGAUCCGGAGCCGGUUGACAGAGGCCGUGAGGCUCAGCAAUCAGGGUUUCCAGGCCUACGACUUCCCCGCGGUCACCACUGCCCAGUACAGCUUCUGGCUCUAUGAGCUCUGUGACGUCUACCUGGAGUGCCUGAAGCCCGUGCUGAAUGGGGUGGACCAGGCAUCUGCCGACUGUGCCCGCCAGACCCUCUACACCUGCCUGGACGUCGGCCUGCGGCUUCUGUCCCCCUUCAUGCCCUUUGUGACCGAGGAACUGUUCCAGCGGCUGCCCCGGCGGACUCCACAGGCGCCCCCCAGCCUCUGUGUCACUGCGUACCCGGAGCCCUCGGAGUGCUGCUGGAAGGACCCUGAGGCAGAAGCCGCCAUGGAGCUGGCCCUGAGCAUCACCCGUGCCGUGCGCUACCUGCGAGCCGACUACAACCUCACCCGCAUCCGGCCCGACUGUUUCCUGGAAGUGGCCGAUGAAGCCACGGGCGCCCUGGCCUCGGCCGUGUCCAGCUACGUGCAGGCCCUGGCCAGCGCAGGCGUGGUGGCCGUUCUGGCCCUGGGUGCUCCUGCCCCGCAGGGCUGUGCUGUGGCCGUAGCCUCCGACCGCUGCUCCGUGCACCUGCAGCUGCUGGGACUGGUGGACCCGGCCCGAGAGCUGGGCAAGCUGCAGGCCAAGCGCGGCGAGGCUCAGCGGCAGGCCCUGCGACUGCGGGAGCGCCGCGCCGCCUCUGGCUACCCCGUCAAGGUGCCUCUCGAGGUGCAGAAGGCGGAUGAAGCCAAGCUCCAACAGACAGAAGCAGAGCUCAGGAAGGUGGACGAGGCUAUCGCCCUGUUUCAGAAGAUGCUGUGACACACGACUCCAACCCUCACAACCCCCGUGGCCCACCAGGGGGGUGGCAGCAAUAAAAUAUUUUGCC